UUACGCUUUCGUCAUGUUGGGGUUGGACUGAGAGAGAAAAAGGUGGGGUUGAUAUUAAUGUCACAGAAAACUGUUUUCUCUAAGACGCUUUAAAUCUCCCCGAGGAGUGUGUUAUGGUACGCAGUAAACAUUGAUUAUAGAAACGUCGCGUUUAGCGAUAUUUUUGUGUCGGUAAAUAGCACAUUAUGACCUAUUUGGCGUUCCGUGGUCGAGGUGUGUGUUGUUGGUCAGUGGCUGGCUCAAGCUUUAUGGAGGAAUCCACGAUAUCUAACGCCACGUCGCACUGACAUCCGCCGAUCUCAAAGCCAAGCCCGGAGCUUCCCCUCUUCUCUCCGACCCGAUGCGGGCGCUGUUCGGGUGUCAACUCUUUUCGAGGUGGAUGGCAUCAUGUCUGCUCUUCGGACUCUUCCUCGAUCUCCAAACUUCUGCGUCGUCUUCCAGUGGCUUGAGAUCGAGCCGAGAGGACAUCACUACAGCUUUCAAACCCAAACAACCUCCACACAUCAUCUUCAUCCUGACAGAUGACCAGGGUUUCAAUGACAUCGGGUAUCACAGUCGGGACGUCCGAAGCCCGACGCUGGAUAAACUGGCGUCCGAGGGAGUGCGACUGGAGAACUAUUAUGUGCAACCGCUGUGCACCCCGUCCCGCAGCCAGCUCAUCACAGGCAGAUAUCAAAUUCACACCGGCCUCCAGCAUUCCAUCAUCAGACCACGCCAACCCAACUGCCUCCCUCUGGAUGCCGUCACACUCCCUCAGCGCUUGCAGGAGGCGGGCUACUCCACUCACAUGGUGGGCAAGUGGCAUUUGGGCUUCUACCGGAAAGACUGUUUGCCCACACGCCGUGGAUUUCACACCUACUUCGGUUCAUUGACUGGCAGUGUGGACUAUUAUUCAUAUGGCUCAUGUGACGGCAAGUCAUUGUGUGGCUUUGACCUCCACGAAGGCGAGUCCGUGGCAUGGGGGCGAGGGGGGAAGUACUCAACUCACCUCUACACCCAGAGAGUGCGCAAAAUCCUAGCAACGCACGACUCAAGCAGUCAGCCUCUUUUUAUUUUCGUUUCCCUUCAGGCAGUGCAUACACCUCUAAACCCUCCCAAAGAAUACAUCUACCCGUUUCGCCGCAUGGGCAACGUUCCCCGCAGGAAAUACGCAGCCAUGGUUUCUAUCGUCGACGAGGCGGUCCGAAACAUAACUUACGCGCUGCGCAAAUAUGGCUUCUACCGCAACAGCGUCGUCAUCUUCUCCACUGAUAAUGGAGCCCAGCCGCUCACAGGGGGAAGUAACUGGCCCCUACGAGGGUGCAAGGGAACAUAUUGGGAAGGUGGUAUUAGAGGAGUGGGUUUCGUGCACAGUCCCUUGAUACGCCAUCGAAGAAGGGUCAGCAGAGCCCUUAUUCACAUUACUGACUGGUAUCCAACUCUUGUUGGACUUGCUGGGGGGAAUGUGUCUCAGUAUCAGGGAUUAGAUGGGUUUGAUGUUUGGCCCACCAUUAGCGAAGGGAAGGAAUCUCCACGACUGGAAAUUCUUCACAACAUCGACCCUCUCCACCGCCGCAGUCGGGGCUCAUUUAAGGAGGGACAUGGACUGUGGGACACAACGGUGCAAGCGGCCAUUAGAGUCGGUGACUGGAAACUCUUGACGGGCGACCCUGGACAUGGGGAUUGGGUGCCACCCCAGGUUCUCACAAACUUUCCUAGCAACUGGUGGAACCUGGAGCGACAGACUGGAGAGAAAAGGAAAUCCAUUUGGCUUUUCAAUGUUACGGACGACCCUUGUGAACGCCGUGACCUUGCAGUGCACAGGCCUGAUGUUGUCAAGGAGCUACUGGCACGUCUAGUAUUACACAAUCGCACCGCAAUACCUGUUCGCUACCCGCCAGACGAUACCCGAGCCGAUCCUAGUCUGAAUGGAGGUGCUUGGAGACCUUGGGUUGGUGAAGGUGAAGAGGAGGAAAACUGGGAUGGGAUUUAUUACAAGAGAGGAAAGAAUCGCAAAAGAAAAUGUAGGCUCUGCAAGUUACAAUCUUUCUUCAAGAAGUUUAAUUUAAAGAUCAUGUCAAAACAGAUAUAAGACUCUUCUGUUAUAUAACAUUACUUACAAUAACUUAACUGAAAGGUGACAUAUUAUGUCUCCUUGAAUUUAUCUUUAUCACUGACCAUGUUUAACACCCAAAAUAUAUUGAAUGUGAUCUGCACAUCAAUCUUUUGUGAUCAGUACAUUCCUCUCACUGUGCAGUGUGGACAACUUUAUGCCGAGAGUUUCAGUUGCACCUCAUUGCAGUACACGAGAUCCAGGGGGCGGAGUUGGAUCCAGAUAUAGGAUAUAGGAG